GGCCACAAGAUGGAGGCAAAGAGUCGAGAGAUAUGAAAGACCUGAUAUGACCUUUUAGAUUAUUUUACAAUAUAUGGUUUAUUUACGUUUUACAAACAUUUGAACAUGCAGUUUUAUUGAUCAUUGUACUAUCACGAUGAAACCCGACGAACACCCAUUUAAUGGUUGGAAUACUCUUGUCUCUUAAAUACACCUUUGAUACGUUUAUAUAUCAAUACAUUUUAUUUGUCACAUGUACGUUAAUCAUAAAAGGUACAAUUCCAGUUAAAUGUAAUCCCGCCAGUCCCUUCAAUUUGUACAUUAUUUUAGUAAUAAAUAUGUGUAUCCAUGUAUAAUGUGAAGACAUUAUUGAUGACACGUUUUUGAUUUUGUUUCUUUUGUGAGACGAACCUAUGCUACCUUUAAUGACCCUCGGAAAUAUUUACAUUCACGAUGGACCUAAAUACAACGCCACAGCAAUCACCAUAGAAAGACCUUUAAAAAUAUUAAUAAUUAAUUUGUUACAACGCUGAUAUAAAGAUGUAAUCUUCGGGGAGGCAGAUAGCGUAUUGCUAUUUGAAUCGUUUAAUAAAACUGUUCGGUACUUUUUUCAAGGGGCAUAGCCUACUUACAUUUUUUUUUGUAAAUUAAACAUGAAGCUACCUGAGAUGGGCUUUCUGUACAAUGGAGCUCCGUGCUGUUUGACUUUAAUACAACGGUCACAAAAAAAUCGAAAUACAUUUUCUAGCAGCAACAACAACACUUCAACACAAAAACUAAGCGAUUAAUUAUAAUAUCUACGUGUGUAUUGUGGGGGAGCAGCUUACGGGAAGCACUAAAGGCAGCAGUCGUUCCGCCCACUGUUAAACCAAAGGCAGUGUUAACGCACAGGGAUGUGCUGAGCCAGUCAACGCUAGCUUAAACUCUGUAUGACUAGUUUUGGUGUUUUUCUUCAAUGUUACGUUAACGAGUAGCUUGCGUAGUAACUAUCUGGUAGCCUUUUAUAUAAGACCAAGGAGAUAUGUUCACAAAGAAGGUCAGUUUCAGUUGUUGUUUUGCUCUCGGCGUGGGUAAAUAGAGUAAGGGCUGCUGUUGUUGUUGUGGCCUGCUAUCUGUUACACGAUAGCCUAGCUAAAUUAGCUGUAGCCUCAGCUGGUUCCUGAAGCUCUCCUUGCAUCGUAUCUUCGAAACGAUAAGGGACAUGGCACACAUUUCCAGCUAACUCACAAGGCCGAGUUGUCACUAUACAGGCAAGUUGUGGUAUUGGCCAGAGAUCAGCAAGUUGUUUCCCAGCUAUGAGAGCCUCUACUCACUGAUUGACAACACACACAAAUGGAGCUGUACUGGUACAUAGUUGUUAUUAUAUUCAUCAUUAUCAAGAUAUUCUUUUAUGUGUGCUGGUACCGGUCAAGACAGAGGCAACUGGCAGCAUAUUUGAGCAACCCACGCAAUGCUCAGAUAGUCAUUGUUGGAGGAAGGGCCUACCUUCAUCAGAUGUGUGAGAGACAGAGUCAAACAUCUGUGUGGCCUAGCUGGUACGGUGUUCAAGAUGACCUGUCAAUAGAGGAGCCCUCCACAGCGCUGCCACCAGCUGCAUCCUUCUCCCACCUGGACAUGCCCCCACCGUAUGAAGCAGUCUCUGGAGAGGAUGACCUGAAGCCCCCUCCAUACAGCGAGUGCGCAAAUGGCGACGACGCCGACGCUCCUCGUCCCUCCCAUCCUCCUCCCCUCAUUUCUGAGGGAGACACCAUUAGCGUAAACGAAGCCCCACCCCCGUACACAUUGUCUCCCCCUACACAAGUCAGUCAGCAAGACGUCCCUGUGAGCCACAGUGAGCCACAGAGCAGGCCCACCUAAUCAAUCCCUGAUGCCAAUUUGCCUUUUCCAUGCACUGCCUUCCUACAUUCAACCUCAGUGAUCGUUGCCAGCCUAACUCUCAUCACAUGAGAGCAGAUGUUUAUUUGGAUGCGAGUGUGUGUGCGUGUGUGUGUGUGUGUGUGUGUGUGAGAAUGCAUGUGUGUUUGGUGGUUUUUAGAUCCAAGUUGUUUUUCUACUUUGUAUUGUGUAAAAAGAAAAAAAAAGUGGUCAUCUGAUGAGUUCGGCAAUAACAGAUGACAUCAGCAAGCCUGUGUGCCUCAGUCAGCACUGCAGAACCUGCCUCCCAGCUAGGAUGAGGAUAAUAUCCUUGACCUCGGAGCUCAAAGGGAAUCAGCGAGAUACAGAUAAGCAGAAAUACAGAUACUUUCUGUUUUAUAAAGUUAUUCCCUGCUGUGGCCACUUCCUUUCACAGAUCUAAACCAAUUGUCUCGUUCUACAAGCAUGAUUGGGGAAAUGAAUAUUAUUUAGUUCCGUCUACUGUUCCAAUCUUUGUGUGUGUCUCUAGACUUUGUUCUAAAUACAGUGACUUAAUAAUGGUGCAUUAUAGACUAUUCAUAGUGUAGACAGUCUAAUUAGAUUUUGUGCAACUUGCUGCAAAAAUGUGCACAUUCAACUUCUGCAAACUGUUAUUACUCUAAAUGCUUCAUUAAAGCUGCACAUGUGUUAUUUGAAGACAAAGUAUGUAGACGGAGAACUAUCUGAUAAUGAAUGCACUAAUUGUCUUAAAUAAUUACCUCAUUAGCAUAACUGGUUAUGUUUAAUAUAUCACGGUGAUUAUAGUGGGACAUUAGGCAAUUCAAGUGCCUAUUACAUCUAUGAAGGGAAGUGAGUGAGGACAAGCGGAACAACUUGGUAAAAUAAAUGAACUCUUUGUGGCAGUAGACGGGAGACUGUUCUCUGCUGACGAGCACCUCUGCUGUGGGGUUCUGUCUGUUGCUGCUUUAAAUUAGCACCUAUAUGCCAGAAAGAAUGAGUGCAAACAGGAUAAACAUGCAUUUUCUUGUGUUUUUUAAAAGUUGUGGAAUUGGACAACAGGUCUCUAGAAAUUGUUGCUUUGUCCCUCAACAUACAAAAACACAUUUUCUAUAGUUGUAGAUUGAGCAGUAUGAUAAUCACGUCAGUUAUGAAUUGUAAUGGUGAGCUUAAGAAGCAGAAAAAAAACAGGGCUGUGAGCUAAGGCCCAACCUAUUUUUGGAGCUAAAGGCUAAAAAAAAUCAUCAACAAAACUCAGUUAUUACUUUUUUUCAUAAUUGUUGCUAAAGACUAACCAAAAAUGUUUUUGUUUUUGUAACAAGAGCAUCUGUUCCUUGUCAUGUUAUUCUGCCACAGGCUGGUAGAGGUCAGCCAACUUUGUGUAUUUCUUGUGUUUAUAUUUUCUGGUAUAGUAUUGCUUUGGGAAGGGUUGUUGUUACUGCUUUUUUUUGUUGCUUUUUUGUAUCACUGCAUUUAAAAGAAUCCGGAAAUGACACUGUAUCAAGAUGCUCCCAAAUGAUCCACCUCCCGUGUUUUGUUUCAGCAACAAUAUAAUCUGUGUACAGUUUCUGAACAUUAGGAAAAAAACACAAGAAAGAAAAACAAAAUGAAUGCUGUAUAAAUGUAUUUGGGGCCUUUGGGGAAAGUAUAUAAAAGGGGAUCUUUGAGAAUUUGAAAUGUGUUUUAAUGAUGAUUCUUCGUAUUGUGAUGACAAAUCGUGGGGGAUUGCUGAAUGACGCCUUUAAAAUAAAAUCUCUCCUGUGAUUUCAAAAUCUGAAGCAUGCAACAGAAGGUACAAAUCUGAAUGUAACUUUGAACUCUGUUGACAUCACUAACAGCAGCAGCAUGGAGGCGAUUGAACACCUAAACCAUAGUGUUAAAGGCUCCCACUGUAAUGUACGUCCUGUUUGUUCACUUCAUGUUCAUUCCCAUGGUGGUUGAUGUAUCAGAUCUCCACUCAGUAGCGUUGUGAGUUAAGGGGAAUUGACUUUUGUGUUUUGAUUCGGGAGAAAUCCGUCUUCUGUAUUAAACUGUUGUUCAUAA